AUGGCCGACGAACAUCACCCUUCACCGCAACACGAGAGCCAAAACAACAGUAACACCUCCAGCACAACUCAUAGCAGAAGUCAGAGUGCCCAUGGAAAGACCGGUCAAAAAGGACUACACAAGGUGAAAUUUAUGGGUGACGAGGAUGGGCCAGAACAGGGGGAUUCCUCUCGAGGCAGGAGCAUACCUGAGAUUCGACUUGCGGAAUCUGAAGAUGUCGCCGACUCUCCGAUGACGCCAACGGACUCGUAUGUAGGACGGGUCAAUGUUGCAGCUGCCCAAGCACAAAGUCGAGCCAGUCGCUUAGCCUUUAGACUAAGUAACUCACAUGCUGGACGCGAAAAGACAAGUUCUGGGUCAAACACCCCUCUCAUUUCAAACCAAAAAGGUUAUGCUUCACCGGACUCGUCUCCGCCCACAAAACCAUUGAGUGACUGGCUUGUCAACGUUGACGACAUUCCUCUGGCUUCCCUCGGUAAGGAUCGAAGACCAUACACUAUUCACGACGACACGACCGAUGAUGAUGACGACGACGACGACGACGACGACGACGAAGAGAGUAAGAAGUCCAAAUCCCUCAAACGACAUGACGAAAAUAUAGCCGAAGCGAGACACCUUUUGAGAACACUCACCAACGGUCACCGUGGAUCUGCAUGGCAGCCUCAACCCAGGUCCGGCACUGAGACUCCGGCCGCUGAUAAGCAUCUACACGACUUGGAAUAUGUCCCACCCCCAGAGGAUUAUCGUCCCGGUGUUUUUGGGGCGAUUCUUUCAUCCAAGCUCGCUGAUCUCCAGCACCAAGAUUACACAUACCCCAGGUACACGGAUGACAGUCCUCAAAACCAUCCUGGUGCCAGGGCCGAGCCGAAAGAUGGUCGGUCCCGCGGCCACCACCGAGCGCAUUCGGACACUUAUUCCCCUUCUUAUACGCCGUCGGGCAUGUCAACGCCCUCAGGGAGACUGACGCCAUCCAAGAGACCGAAAUGGUACGAGAAGCCAAACCACUCAAUGGGGUCUAUGGCGACGUUAGUAGCGUCUGCGUCCGCGACUUCGGCAGCGCCGGCCGCUCCAGGUACCACGGCACAAGUCCCACGGCCACAGCGGCCGCAUCUUCCCCGAUCCAAGUCAUCAUCCAGCAUGAUUGCCACGGCGGUGGAUAUGAUCAAACAUCCUGGAAAUCAUUUUCACCACAAGUCGGAGCAGAUCCUACGAGCCGAGGAAGAGCGUGUGAUAAACGAUGUUGCCGAAAUCCUCGCCUGUCGGAAAUACCUGAAGAAACUCGCCCGGGCGCUAAUGGCGGUGGGUGCUCCGUCACAUCGACUUGAAGAGUACAUGAAGACGUCGGCCCGUGCUCUCGGCAUUGACGGCGACUUUCUUUACCUGCCCGGGUCCAUGUUGGUUUCGAUCAACGACAAAGUCACCAUGAGCACGGAAGUGACGCUUGUGCGGGAAACUCAAAACGUCGAUCUCGGGAAAUUCAAGGACGUCUUUUCCACGUACAAGUGCGUCAUCCACGGGAAACUGACGGCUCAAGAAGGUCUCGAUGAACUCGACGAUAUUCUCAAGGCUCCCAAGCGGCACAGUACGGUCAUACAGAUUCUGGUCUACGGUAUCGCGGCCGUCGCUGUCGGACCGUUCGCUUUUUCUGCGAGGCCCGUCGAUUUUGGUCCGAGUUUUCUCCUAGGUUGCGUUUUGGGCUUCCUACAGCUUGUCGUGGUGACUCGCUCCACGCAAUUCUCGCACGUCUUCGAGGUCCUCGCCACCGUCAUCAUAGCGUUCGUUGCUCGAGGUCUCGGUUCCAUCUACCACAACAAACACCCCGUCUUCUGCUUCUCCGCCAUAGCACAGAGCAGUAUCGCCCUGAUAUUGCCGGGGUACACUGUCCUCUGUGCGGCUCUGGAACUGCAGAGCAAGAGCCUCGUCGCGGGAUCGGUCAGGAUGGUGUACGCCAUUAUCUACUCGCUGUUCCUUGGUUUUGGCAUCCUCAUUGGAUCGGUCUUGAUGGGUGUCAUAUAUCGUGAUGCACAGAACUCCGUGACGUGUGAUAUGCCGCCGUGGUGGAACGUUCCCCAGCCAGACUACCGAUUGAUCUAUGUCAAGUUCAUAUGGGUCCCGAUUUUUGCCAUAUGUCUUGCGGUCAUCAACCAAGCCAAAUGGCGCCAAGUGCCGGUCAUGACCCUGAUCGCCAUGGCGGGAUACCAGGCGAACUUUUGGGUAUCCGUCUACCUGGCAAACAACAUCCAAGUUGCCAAUGCCAUCGGCGCGUUCGUCAUCGGAUGCCUGGCGAAUCUGUACAGUCGGUUCUUCCACGGCCUGGCCGCCGCCGCCAUGCUCCCUGCGAUAUUCGUGCAGGUGCCGUCGGGUCUCGCGGCCAGCGGUAGUCUCGUCGCCGGCAUCACGAGCGCGAACCAAAUCACGCACAACGCGACGGGGUACAGCGUGAUAAACAACGGGACCGCCGGGUUCCAAGCGGCUCAGGAUGACUCAUCCGGUGGAUUGUACUCCGGGACGAUAUUUAACGUCGGCUAUGGCAUGAUCCAGAUCGCCAUUGGGAUAAGCGUGGGCCUGUACUUGAGUGCAUUGGUCGUCUAUCCUAUUGGAAAGCGAAGGAGUGGAUUAUUUAGUUUUUGA